AUGGUGCCUGUGCUUUGCCUCACAGCUGGGCUGCGCCAUCUGCCAGCACCUCGUAAGCUCAAGGCGGGUGAAGUGGCUCUCGUCAGGUUCAAAAACGUCCUUCGCGGCUACAAAACAGAUGUCUGGUUUGGGGUGGUUCUAGCCCAUAAGUUCGGUCCUGCUAGGCACAUCAAUCGCCGCCCAGUGGGUGCACAGCCGAAAGAAGGAGAAUGGCAUACCCAUUUGCGGGACCGGGUAUACCCAAUGUAUUUGCCUGCACGCAACAUGUAUCGGUGGACCAAUCUUCGCGAUAUGUUUCUCUUUAAUGAGAAGACAAUCAAUGAUAUGAACAGAGCUGACUGGCAAGAUGAAGGAUUAAUUUGGGAUCAGCUAGCCAAACUUUUCUGGGAGGACAUGUCAAUGCACGAGAUGGGCUCGAAGGGGAAGCGUGGCCGCGAGCUACGAGUCAUUAUGCCUAAAGAAGACGGGGACGAAGUGAGCGAUUCCGAAGAACAGAAAGAUGACAAUGAAUCCGAAGAAGACGAAGGAAAUUUCCAGUCAUCGACUCUAGGGACCUCGAACGCAAUCAGCUCAUUCUCUGAAUCACGGGAGCAAGGUUUUCGUUUUAGAAAGGCAUCCAAUGUGAAUAGGAAUGAGCUGUAUAAAACGACUCAUAUUUCUUCUUCUUUUCCGGACAAAGCAGAUGAUCGGUUGCUGAACUCGAACGCGCGAGCUUGCAUCUUCAAUAUCAAUACCACCUUUAAUGUGUGCCCUCUAGAGGACCUCCCUCAAGUUGAUCCCAUGCUUCUUGAUACCUCCUGCUUUUUUGUGUCUCCCAACUCCGAAGCUAUGACAUUGAACUCCAACCAUCCCCAAGCCAAUCCAUCCAUCAAGAUGGAGAAUAGUUCCAACGUCCAGGUAACUACCGCGCAGCAAAGCCCUAAACCCUCGAUCUUUGAUAUGACAAUGCGCCAGGCUUUGGCUCAAGUUCUCCUUGAGAGGCCUGAGACUGAGGAUGUGCUUGCCUUCUGCCGAAAUCUGAAUUCUGUUCAAAGCAGAGCAGAGAUUGUGCAGCUCCGUGACUUCCAGAAAGAGAGAGAGUUUACCCCUCGUCUGCUCCAACCCGACUAUCUGCCUUCCACCAUGCCAAAGUGUGUUCAGAUUUUCGACGAACAGGGUCAGAAAGUCCCUUAUCUCCUCGGUGAUAAGAUGCAUAUUGGCCAACGCCUUCGCCUUGAGGGGGUCGAAGACAGUGCAGGUCUUCGAGAUGGUGUCACUAUCCUUGGUGCUUUGUAUGAUCAGGCUAGGAACUUCGGGAUCAAAGAUCUUAUCUACUGUAUUACCUACAAGCUGCAAGUCGCCUGGAAUUCCUACAUGGGUGUUGGCCAGUGCCUUCCUUUCCUCGGCGUUGCGACCCUGGCCUUCAAGAACGACUACAUCCGCGAGGCCAGCGAUUUUCUCCAGACAUGGUUCAUUUCAUUCCUUGCAGAGACCUACGAUCUCUUCGUCAACCAGUGCCACGACAAGCUCUUGACUCUUCUGCGCGCCAACCCCAAGCUCCAGGAUGCGGUCCUCGAGCUUCGCGCUAAGCUUCUCCUUCGUCAGCCGGAGGUAUUCUCUGACACCCGUGCUCUUCUCAGGAGCCGCGGAAUCGGGCAGCUGUAG